AUGUUAAAUGGCACUCAAGAUCUGUCGCUGCCAAUGCUGGAGCAGGACGUGAAAGAUUGGAGCGAUCCUGUCUCUUGCGGUAUCAAGUUCUAUGAGAGAGGUGGAACCACGAGUGUCUUUGCCGCUUCAGUCACCAUAACCUCCGUUGCGACUCAGCCCGCGUCAAUCUUCGCUUCAGCGUCGACCGUCACGUACGAGCGCACCACGACAAGCGCGUCCGCCUCGGGCACUGCAUCAACCCCCGUCAACACAGGCAUUACAGCACCGCCAACCGUGACGCCCACCAAUCCAGUCGUCACCACAACCACGAGCGACAGUGCUGGUCUAUCCACAGGCGCAAAGGCCGGCAUCGGCGCCGGCAUUGGUGUUUCCGCAGUGCUUGUCGCGGCGGCUGCCUAUCUGUUCUAUCGCAACCACCGCAAGCUGAAAGACCUCAACUCACGACUUAGCUACCAAUCUCAAGCGGAGCAGUUCAACAAGCCUCCGGGUGUUGCGGUCGCGCCUCAUGGAAGCAAUGGAUACGAGAGGUCGUACAGCGAGGCUACGAUGUCGCAUGUUCAUUCUUCGCCGCAGGCGCCGGUACAGCUCUCAUAG